AUGGAGGACGAUGACGAUGAUCUCUAUGAUCCCGCCGAUGCGGUGCCGGUCACUCAAUCCCGGGAUCCUCGAAGACCCGCGACCGACACUCCGAUGAACGACUCGAACGAGGGCGAGGAAGAAGAGGAGGUAGAGGAGGAAGAUGAUGAGGACGAUUUCAAUAUCAUCACAGAGGCUCCUCCGGAUGCGCCUCCUCCAGAAGCUCCCCAUCCUCGCCAUACCACAUUAAAAGCCGACACUCAACGGUCCACAUCCGCCGAUUCUCCUGCCGCUCCGAAAUCUCUGACACCUUCAUUAACACCCAAAGUUGACACCACAUCGUCAGUGCCGUCUGGAACGCGACCUGUAUCACAAAAACCAGGCUCAGCAUACCCGCCAGUGCACGCAUCCACGAUUGACGUCCAUGCGAACCCUAUCCAUCCUGCUACAGGAAAGCCGGUCCUGUCAACUGAUAUGGAUGUUGAUUUCCCCGAGGAUGAUAAGCCAUGGAGGCGACCAGGGACAGACAUGACGGACUAUUUCAACUACGGAUUUGACGAGUUUACCUGGGCAAGCUAUGUCUUGAAGCAGCAAGAACUACGGAAGGAAGUGGGAGACCAGAGGAGACAGCUGGAUGAUAUGCAGAGCUUCCUAACCAUGGGGCUUCCCCCAAUGCCCGGCGCGCAGCCGGGAGCUGGACCUCCUACUACGAAUGCACCGCCUCCGAUGCCCGGGAUACCAGGGAUGCCAGAUAUGAACCCAGACAUGAUGCAGGGAAUGCUGGCAUCGAUGAUGUCGCAAGGGCUAGAUCCUGCCUCUAUGGACCCAAUGUCUUUCAUGCAACAUGCACAGGCAAUGAUGGGUGGGCAAUCCGGUGCAGGCGGCGGGCAACAAGCUCAAGGUGGGUUCGGUGGUCAAGGUGGUGGCCAGGGCCAAAUGGGUUAUGGAGGUGGUUAUGGUGGAGGUGGCGGUCGAGGACGGGGAAGGAGAUGGUAG